AUGGAUGCGAGUGCUGAAGGUAAUGCUUCAAAGAAAUACACUUCGCAACGUAGAACUAUUGAUAUAUCAUCGUCAUAUGACCGACUUUACUUUUUAAAGAAGCACGGAUUGGACAAAUCUCUAUAUAUUGAACCGGAGAGUUCAUAUAACGCAAACAUUCUGCCACCUGAUUCUUAUGGAAUACAUGGUAAUGGUAUUAAUAUGGCUACGAAGUUUACCCAUCUAUCGUCAAAUAAAGUGAAACAUGUUAUUCCUGCUCUUACAUGGACACCAGAAGGAAGAAGAUUGGUUGUGGCGACUUAUAACGGAGAAUUUUCAUUAUGGAGCGGGGCUAGUUUCAACUUUGAAAGUAUUAUGCAGGCACAUGAUAGCGCUGUUACUGUAAUGACAUAUUCGCAUACAGGGGACUGGAUGGUGAGUGGAAGCGCAGAUGGUGAACUUAAGAUCUGGCAACCCAAUUUCAAUAUGGUUAAAGUGAUGGAUCAAGCUCAUAUGGAAUGUGUAAGAGAAAUUUCCUUUAGUCCUACGGAUCAAAAGUUCGUCAGUUGUUCUGACGAUAACGUUCUAAAAAUAUGGAAUUUCAGUAAUGGUCAACAAGAGAGGGUUCUCUCGGGUCACCACUGGGAUGUGAAAUCGUGUGAUUGGCAUCCAAAAAUGGGGCUUAUUAUAUCAGGUUCUAAAGAUAAUCUAAUAAAGUUUUGGGAUCCUCGUAGUGGAGGUUGUGUAUCUACAAUGUUAGGAUUCAAGCAUACAAUCAUAUCAACAAAAUUUCAACCCAAGCAAGGAAACCUGUUUUCAGUAAUAUCGAAGGAUAAAACCUGUAAAGUUUACGACAUACGACAACAAGCUAAGGAACUCUUUAGUGUUCGUGAUGAUGUAGAUUACAUGACAUUGCAAUGGCAUCCAAUUAAUGAAACCAUGUUCACUGUUGGUUGUUAUGACGGUUCCAUCAAACAUUUCGAUUUGUCUCAAGAGAACCAGCCAAAUAAACCAACGCAUAACAUUCCUUAUGCGCACGAAAAGUGCGUUACAUCUUUAGCAUAUAGUCCUAUUGGACACAUAAUGGCCAGUGCUUCCAAAGAUCGAACAAUCAGAUUCUGGACAAGAUCUAGAGCGGUGGACCCCAACGCAUUCGAUGACCCAACAUAUAAUAAUGAGAAAGUCAAUGCAUGGUACUUUGGUAUCAAUAAUAAUAUCAACGCUGUUAGGAAUAAAACAGAGCAUGGUAUUGCUUUGCCGCCCAAUGAGGACGAAAAUGAAAAUGAAACAAAUGAAAUUUCUAAGAAGAUCGAAACAGAAAGAGGGCCAACUAUGCAAUUACCUGGUUUAGGUUCAGGUUUACCUGGGUUAAGUUUUUAG